UUUUUAAUGUUCUUGUCUUCGUCGUCGUCCUUGCAUUGCUUGGUCACAAUCGUGCACUACACAUUCAUCGGUUGUUUGUGAUGAAUAGUUUGCCACCUAUAAAUAGGACAUAUGAGCUUCUGUCCUUCACCAUUAGAACUUAAUUUAAAGCUCACAUCAUUUCAAAAAUACAAAGAACACUAGAGCUUCCUGUAACUUCCAAAUAUGACGAUAGUAGAAAUGUGUGUGCAUAUGGAUUGUCCGGGGUGCGAGAGCAAGAUAAAGAAAGCUCUGAAGAAGUUACCUGGAGUUGAUGAGGUGGACAUAGAUAUGAAGCUGCAAAAGGUGACGGUUAUGGGAUGGGCAGAGCAAAAGAAGGUUUUGAAAGCGGUUAGGAAGACAGGAAGGAGGGCUGAGCUGUGGCCAUAUCCAUACAACCCUGAAUACCAUGCAUUCUCACGCCAAUAUGCCAACCACACCAACACCAUGACCUCUUCUUCCUCCUCUUCUUACAACUACUACCACCAUGGUUACACUUUUGCCGAUGACUUUGGCUAUUACCGAAAGCCUAUUGCUGCUUCCAUCGUUAGUGACAAGGCCAUGGCUAUCUUCAGCGACGAAAACCCUCAUGCUUGUUCUAUUAUGUGAUCUCACCAUUAUGUAAUAUUUCUUAUUGAUUUGUAUGCUUGUUUGUCAAAAUAUAUAUGAGAUAUCUAAGUUACAUAAAAUAUAAAAAUUACUUGAGUUGCUUAUUAACCAAGUCUUAAGUGUCUAACAUGCGAAGACAAUAUUAU